AUGAACAACAGUUCUUUGGUAGUUGAGAUGGAUGGUGAAGGCGAAUCGGCUGAUCACUAUAUUUUACCAUUGAUUUCACUUUUUGGCUUGACAGGAAAUGUUAUAUCGCUUGUCACUAUUUUUCAUUCACGUUUGAGAAGAGUUAGUUUAUUUUAUUUUUAGUUGCGGGGGAGAUAGAAGAACAAUUUCAAUAAAACUAAGUAAAGUGUACAUUUUUGAUUCCUGCCAGGACUGGUCGGAAUCGGAAUAUCGGAAUUCCGAAAUUCCGAAAAUCGACGUUUUUUCGGAAGUUUAGUUUAGUCGGAAGCACUUCCGAAAGAAAAACUCGGAAUUGCUUGAAUUCCGACUCUCGUUCCGACUUUUUAUUCAUUCCGACUUUUUUGUCGGAAUCACUUUCGAAAAAUUUAAGAAUAUCGGAAUAUAUGCUUUUAUAAAGAAAACUUUAUUUUAAGGCUGAAAUGAUGGUGAAAAAUGUCUUAAUAAUCGAUAAUAGACACAAAUUUGUUGUCUUUCAUAAACUAAAGAACAAGAUUCACUUUUUCGCAACUAUUUUCACUAUUAUUGUUCUGAUAACUCAUCGAAAAAUCUCGUUUUUCACUUUUUUCUGCGUAUUAGGACUUCCGAAUUUCUUUCGAAAUUCCGAAAAAAAAGUCGGAAGAAAAAAUCGGAAUUCCGAACUAUCGAACAAUUAUUCGGAAUAAAAAGUCGGAAUGCCGAAAUUCCGAAAAUAAAAUCGGGAGUGAAAAUGGGACUUCCGAAAUUCCGAAAGGUCAAUUCCGACCAGCCCUGAUUCCUGGGACGCAUAUAAAAGCGCAUUUUCUUGAGAAAAUCCCUAAUCCCGUCCGAGAGCUCACUAUCAGUGCAGUCAAAAAUCAAAAAAUUGAUUAAUUUUUAAUUUUGAGGAAGUCACGAAGUUCUAAUUAUGACGUGUGGGAAAACGUGACAAAUAUGUAUGUGUCAAGAAACUUAAUUUUGUUUUGUUGAAUUUUGUUGGCAAACUAAAGAAUAAAAAAAAACUAGGAAAGUUGUUUAACUUUUUCUCAAAUUUUUUUUAGUUUUGAGGUUUUUUCAAAAUUCAGAAAAAUAGUUAAAAAAUUAAUAAAAUAUACAUGUCAUUUCAUAUUUCAGGUUUCUGCCAACAUUUAUCUGAUCGUCUUGACUUUGGCUGACAGUGCUUUUCUCACAGCAGUUCUUGGAGUGUUUUUCAGAGUGAGUUUAUCUUCAACACUAUUUACCCUAUCCUCAUCAUUUUUCAGAUCGGUUACAAAGCCUAUGAAUAUUGUGUCGCCGUUGAAUACAUCCUUGCUGUUUCAAACUAUAUUUCAAGUUGGUCCACAGCUGCUCUCACCAUUGAAAGAUAUCUUGCAAUUGCGCAUCCAUUAACACAUAUGAAAUAUGCUCAUGUGGAUCGAGCCAAAGUUAUUCUGUGUUGGAUUCCCAUCCCAUUUAUGAUACAUUUUAUUCAGUUCUAUAUCUUGGUACCGGCUGAUGAGGGAAGAAAAUGUGAUUUGCGACCAGGAAAUUAUCAGGUGAGCUAGAAGAUAUUUUUUGUAAUGAGUAAGAGGAAAAUCACACGGUUUUAUAGUUUUUGGGAAAGAAAUUGUAGUUGAUACGUUUGCAAGAAAAAGUAGAAAAAGAAAAAAGUGUUCCAAAAAUAAUUGAGGAAAAUGUUGAUUGUGACGUGGAAAAGAUCAAAAGUUUUAGAAUAUAUUUUGCAAAAAUGUAUAUUUAACUCAACUUUUUGAAAUGAUUCCAGGUGUUCAUCCAAGUUUUCGACACAAUUCUUUGCUAUAUCCUUCCAUGUGCUAUUAUUGUUGUUCUCAAUAUUCUUGUCGCAACUCAAGUCAAAAAAUCACAAGAACAUUUCAAAGAAGACGAGGGAAAAAAUGUAUCUCGCCGAACUGGUGGAUCAUCAAGUGCUUCUGGAACAUGGACACGAAUUUUAUGGGUUAUGCCACUACUUUUUGUACUUUUGAACUCGCCAUAUUAUGCGUUUGCUCUUUUUGAGAUCAUGUUCCCUGAAGAAAAACCAUUGAGUUAUAAGAUUAUUUACAAUGCGUCGCAUUAUUUGUAUUAUUUGAAUUUUGCAAUUGAUGUUUUGGUUUAUGCUUUUUCCAGGUAAUUGUAUAGUUUUUUUAUUGGAAAGUUCAAAGUUUUUUUUUUCAGCGCAAACUUCCGUAAAACCGCUGUAAUUGCUUGGAAACGCAUACUUUGUCCUGGUUAUGUUGAACGACAAAAAGGAAAGGUUAGACAUUUUUUUGACAUGAAUCUAGAUAUUUACGGAAAUGUAUUUUUCUUUUUUGUUGAAAGAAAAUGUACUUGACAAGAAAAGGUUGAAAAAUACAUAAUUUUUUUUUUUGAAAAGGGCAUUUCAAAAAAAUAUUUACUGAAAAUGUAGUUUGUACGAGCUAAUGAAUGAGUACGUCAGCAAAAAACUGAAAACAAUUUUAAAAAUUCUCCGAAUUCUGGGAUUUUUUUUUUUUGCAAAAUAUAGGGGAAUGAACAUUGAACACAUUUGAAAAAUUCAGAGUACUAAUUUCCAAAUUUCAAAAUUUCUCAAAAAGGGAAGUUUUUCCAGAGUUGGUAUUAAAGAUUUCAAAAGCCUAGGUAUGGCUGUGAAGAUUCAAAAUUGGGGAAAAAUAAUGUGAUUUUUUUUUGUGGAAAAUCAAGUUCUCCCAUUCCAAAAAUAUCUCAAAAUAUGACUUUUUCAGACCAAAAUUUUCAUGAGAUCAAAAACCAGUUCUCCAAAAUAAAUUUCAAAAUGUUUUUACGCAAGCAAAAUUUGCACCUGUUUUCCGCGUAAAACUAUGAUAGUUCAAAACCCAAAAAUUUUGCAGACAUUCAAAAGUCUAGUUCACAAUUCAGCGGGGCCAAUAAUGCGGCUACCAGCAAACGUAUGUUGAAACAAAAAUGAUUCUACAUAGUCUAGUGUACAAAAUUAUACUGUAGUAGUCAAUUAAUUGAUCACUGUUGUUUUUUUUCGUGUUCCUCCAUUCACCUAACCCCUCGUAUUCUGGAAUGUGUGAACUUUUUUCUCACCAUUGAGACAUCUGAAUUUCAACUAAAUAUUUAUAGGUUCUGAUAACUGAUCAAACUUCUCGUUAUUCCUACCGUAUGGCUUCGGAAUUUCGAACUUCUCGCCACGCCACAACAACUACAGUACCUCUUCUAACUGAAAUUCAAGUAAAAUCUGUCGAUGCGACGCCAAUUUGA